UGCAACAGAGAAAAGCGGCUCAGAGGAUUUCCGAGUGUGCCGCCCCGUAGAAAGAAAGAAGGACGGUCUUGCGCUCCUAUUCGAAAAUUGUGCGUCCGCGUUCUGUGUCUCGCCGACAUAGUAAGAAAAGUGAAUACCAGUAAAAUCAUCAAAAGAUAUGGCUCUGGAUUCUCAGGUGGAUGAAUCCCGAGAAAGCGGGAGUGUGAAAAUUCCCUUGAUCAACGGCAAGGAGGAUGAAACAACCAAUGACGUAAAGAGCAACGGGGAGAGCAGUGCGCCGGUUAAUGGAAACGUUGAAAAUAUUGUGGAAAAGGGAGAGGUCGAAGCCACAAAGGAAGGUGAGAAGGAAAAGGAUAAAGAUAAGGAGCCUGAUAACGAGAAGGAAUCCGAGGAUGAUAAGGAUAAAGAAAAAGGUGAAACCAAAGAUAAGGAUGCCUCUAAUGAGCAGGAAGUGGUCUUCAUACAGGAUAUGGGAUUUACUGUCAAGAUUGUUAGUCCUGGGUCAGAGCCCUUUGAUAUUCAAGUCUCGAGUAUGGAACUGGUUCAGGAGAUUCAUCAACUCCUCAUGGACCGCGAGGAUACGUGUCACCGCACUUGCUUCUCCUUGCAAUUGGACAACAACACACUGGACAAUUUUGCUGAGCUGAAGAACAUCGAAGGUCUCAAGGAAGGAUCUGUCAUUAAGGUCGUCGAAGAGCCGUACACUAUGCGCGAAGCACGCAUACACGUGCGACACGUGCGGGAUCUUUUGAAAUCCGUCGACCCGGCUGACGCUUACAACGGAGUGGACUGCAGCAGCUUGUCCUUCCUUAACGUAGUGACGAACGGCGAUAUUCUGGAGAAGAAGAAGGCUAGGCCAGAUUCCGUUGACUGUACUCCACCUGAUUAUAUUAUACCAGGAUGCAAGGACAGACCCUUGUUGCCGUUGCAACCUCAGGCCAAGGAGCAGAAGUGUCCACCCUGUUUAAAAGUCCUUACCACUUCCGGAUGGAAUCCACCACCUGGCCAUAGAAAACUUCAUGGAGACUUGAUGUAUCUCCACGUUAUUACCUUGGAAGACAAGCAGUAUAAUCUGACGGCUUGCGCUCGUGGUUUCUUCGUAAAUCAAUCGUCGAAAGAAAUUUUCAAUCCCAAGCCAGCCACGCCAAGUCAUUUGUGUCACAGUCUUAUUGAGCUUCUGAAUCAAUUGAGUCCUGCUUUCAAAAGAGGAUUCGCUGCUAUGCAAAGACGUAGAACCCAGAGGCAUCCAUUCGAACGCGUUGCUACGCCUUAUCAAUUGUACGCCUGGAGUGCUCCGCAAACAGAACACACAAUCGACGCUAUACGUGCCGAGGACACUUUCUCAUCGAAAUUGGGAUACGAGGAACAUAUCCCUGGACAGACCAGAGACUGGAACGAGGAGUUGCAGACGACGAGGGAGCUACCGCGAAAAAAUUUACCGGAAAGAUUACUCAGGGAACGUGCUAUUUUUAAAGUUCACAGUGAUUUCGUAGCUGCAGCUACUCGAGGUGCAGUUGCGGUUAUAGAUGGCAACGUUAUGGCUAUAAAUCCAGGGGAGGAAGCUAAGAUGCAAAUGUUCAUUUGGAAUAAUAUUUUCUUCUCUUUGGGAUUCGACGUUCGUGAUCAUUAUAAGGAACUUGGUGGUGAUGCAGCAGCUUUUGUAGCACCCCGUAAUGACCUCCAGGGUGUACGAGUAUACGCUGCGGUAGAUCUCCCGGGUUUGUACACCCUGGGUACUGUGGUUAUCGAUUAUAGGGGUUAUCGAGUGACUGCACAAUCUAUUAUUCCUGGAAUCUUAGAGAGGGAACAAGAACAGUCAGUAGUUUAUGGCUCUAUUGAUUUUGGCAAAACUGUCCUAACCCAUCCCAAGUAUCUUGAAUUGCUCAAUAAAGCCGGAAGUCAGCUCAAAAUUCUUCCUCACAAAGUGAUCAACGAUGCCGGAGAGGAAGUAGAAUUGUGCAGUAGCGUUGAGUGCAAGGGAAUCAUUGGCAAUGAUUCGCGACAUUACGUACUAGAUUUAUUGAGAACUUUUCCACCGGAUGUUAAUUUUCUGAAACUGGAAGGCGUAGAACUGAGCAAAGAAGCACGAGCACUAGGUUUCCCGGUGGAACACAAGCACAGAUUGGCAUGUCUACGUCAGGAAUUGAUAGACUCCUUCAUCGAGGCCAGAUACGUUCAAUUUAUAAAACAUGCCGCAGUUCAUCUGCAACAAGUCACAUCGGCCAGACGCACUCAAAAGGACAAAGAAUCCUGUCCGAAGGAAGAGAAAAAAGAAGAGACAAGCUCAGCUAUAGUUGACAGCAACAAAGAGGAUUCAGCACAAUCUAACAUAGAAGCGGACGAAGUAAAGAAAAUUGUCGAGAGCAUCACAGAUUCGAUAACAGGUGGAAAGCAAGAAUUGGAGGAAAGCACCAAAGAAAUUGUGCGUAAAGCAGCAGCUGCGGUGGGUAGCUUGUGCGAGGCAGAAUUUGAUGUCAGAUUUAAUCCAGACGUUUAUUCACCGGGUGUUCGACAUCCUGACCCUAAUGGAAAUGCUCUCAGGAAGCAACGUCAACUUGUAAAGGAUGCUGCUGACUUUUUGCUCACCGUACAAUUACCGACUUUCAUUCGUGAAUGCCUGGACCACACAGCAGCUGCCAUGGACGGGAGUACCUUGGUUGAAGCUUUGCACGGUAGAGGUAUAAACAUUAGGUAUCUUGGAAAGUUAGCCGCCAUGUUGGCCGCGGUUCCUCAACUUCAGUAUCUCAAUUGCAUUGCUGUGUCGGAAUUGAUUCUUCGAUCUGCCAAACACGUCUUCACCUCAUACAUGCAGGGCACUGAAUUAAUGAGUCUAUCUGCAGCCGUUAGCCACUUUCUUAAUUGUCUCUUCUCAUCCGCUCAACUCAGCCAUCCGCAACAAAAUGUCGAAGAGGUAAAUUCUAAUCUGUACGAUAAUUAUUCAUAUACAAAAAAUUGUACGUCUAAUCAAUUCUAUCAACAGUUGCAAAGUAAAACUGCGAAACGCCGCAACAAGAGGAAGGGCAGAAACAAUGGGCCACAACAGUCAGACGUUGAAUGGGCGUCCUUGAGUCCCAAAGCACUUUGGCAGCAAAUAAAAUCCGACCUCAAAAGUUAUUACGAUUGGGAACCUCCUACUCCAGAAUCACUCGACACGACCAUCGAGCAUUAUCGUCUUCAGAAGAUUUCGCUUCUUCGUAGUUUCUGCAUAAAAACUGGAAUACAGAUACUCUUGCGCGAAUACAAUUUUGAGAAUAAGAAUCGCGCCACCUUCUUCGAGGAAGACAUUCUCAAUAUCUUCCCGGUCGUUAAACAUAUCAAUCCUAGGGCAAGCGACGCUUAUAAUUUCUAUACUACUGGCCAGGGCAAGAUACAGCAGGGAUAUUUGAAAGAUGGUUACGAACUAAUAAGCGAGGCUCUCAAUUUAUUGAACAACGUAUACGGCGCCAUGCAUCCAGAAAUUGCACAAUGUCUGAGAAUGCUCGCCAGAUUGAAUUACAUAAUGGGUGAUCACGCAGAAGCUCUGGCUACUCAACAGAAAGCAGUACUUAUGUCAGAACGUGUUAACGGAAUAGAUCAUCCUUAUACUAUAACCGAAUACAUCCAUCUUGCUUUGUAUUCAUUUGCAAAUGGCCAAGUAUCUGUAUCGUUAAGACUUUUAUAUAGAGCUCGUUAUCUGGCCCUUCUUGUCUGCGGCGAAGAUCAUCCCGAGGUGGCUUUGCUUGACAGCAAUAUAUCCCUUAUUCUUCACGCCGUUGGAGAGUACGAGUUGUCCCUUCGAUUUCUGGAGCAUGGUCUGGCUCUGAACUUACGUUACCAUGGGCCGCGUUCCCUGAAAGUGGCUGUGUCCUAUCAUCUGGUAGCUCGAACGCAAUCUUGCAUGGGAGACUUCCGGGCUGCUUUGAACAACGAAAAAGAAACCUAUGCGAUUUACAAGCAACAGCUUGGCGAGGAGCAUGAAAAAACAAAGGAGAGCAGCGACUGUCUGAGGCAUCUAACACAACAGGCCGUUGUUCUCCAGAAGAAGAUGAACGAGAUUUACACAGGAAAGCCAGGUGUCAGUCUACCGCCUAUUCAGAUUCAACCACCUAGCAUGGGUUCCGUACUGGACAUGCUCAAUGUUAUCAACGGAAUUCUAUUCGUGCAAAUCAGCCAGCAGGAUAUUGAAAACUUCAAAGCGGAAAUCGAGAAGCGACAAAAGGAACAGACGCCUGACGGCGAACUUAAGGAGAUCAAAGAAAAGAUCGACGUGGCGGCGAUUGAAAACGGUGAUGUGGCAAUGAACGAGGAAAUCGUGGAAUCGAAAAAGCUCGAUGAGAGCAAAAUACCAAUUGCCCAGCCGAUACUGAGCGAGAGCUGAACUUUCUUAGCUGCGUACGGAGCGGGUGAAUGUUGAUUGUUUUCUAAUAUCCUAGUCUUUAUUGUUGAGUUCGGCCAAGCUGGAAAGGACGUGGAUUCGAGAAUCUAAUCAUCUAGAGUGUCGUUUAAAGAGAAGAUGAAGAAACAGUCUAAAAGAAAGUGUCUUCCUGUGUAAACGAAUAUUGAACGUUAGAAUUGGCCGAUGCAUGUUACUCAGUAUCCGGGCCAAGGAUCAAGAAAUUGCCCUAUCAGCGAUUUUUUUCGAAUUUUAAAGAUCGUUAAUCUCAACUCCAUUUUAUCAUUAUCAAGCAUCUACGAAGCGCAUCCGUUACGCGUCUCCAAUUAUUAUUCGUGUAAAUAACUCAGAAGAAAUUCUUGUUGAGUGUCUGCUAUCGGCCAGUUCUCGUAUUACCUAAAGAAACAAAAAAAACAAAUCCAAAUUCCCGCAGGUAGCACCAAGAGAAUUUUCAAUUUCAAAAAUGCAAACGAACUCACUACCUUUAUGGAACUUGAACGUGGAUACCAUCAAUGAUCUGAGGUCAAAUGUCAAUAAUGAAAUAUUUUUUUUUUUCAUUCUUUUAUCCACGUUCAACUACCAUUGUAUAACAAUGAUAAUAAAUCUGAACAGCUCCACGCGAUUGUCCUUUAUCAGGAUUCGCAAGAACCUCUAGACGAGUGUUCAUCUUUGAGGAAAUCGGAGUAAAAAAAAUGUUCUUUUUAGAACGUACGUAAAAACAGAUACCCUAAGAUAUAAGGGAAAGAGAUAAAGCAACUAAGCUAAAAAGAAGCACGUAAUAGAUUUAAAUAAGACAGCCAUAAACGUUACCGAUCAUUCGUUUAUUAGUAUGUAAAUGAACUGUUUUGUUAGAUGUCGUAGAGUGAUUGUUAGUCAAGACUGUUGCUUCGUAUUAUCCAGCCGAUAGUCAUUUAAAAUCUCAUUCGUACCGAGUCGCUAUCAGCAAUUUUAUUAAUCAAGAUCAAAUUAAAGAGAUGUAUCUUCAUAAUCGUGUAUAUGCUUCGUUUGUCACGAUGGUACAUUUACUCUUGAACUUUUUCAUUUUCUCCCUCUCUAUUCUCUCAUCAUAAAAUAUCAAGUACACCAUUAAUUUUCUACAUAAGUUUACAACCCGGUAAAUUAAUAUUGAUGAUUGCGUUGUGAUUAAAUCCUUGGUAUCUGACAACUGUGACGAAUGAAUGGCGACUCUAUUGUUUUACACGUAGUAGCAAUUAUUCUUGCGUUCGUAAACACUCACAGAAUAUACAUUAUAGAUAAAAUAGAAAAGACGAUAAGAUUAGUCAAACUUUCUAUGAGAGUUAGCGUAUCAUUUAUUAUCGAUAUUCAUAGUGUUAUAAAUAGUCAUAGUUUUUAGUAAGAAAGCAAUUGCUCUAAGGAUUUUAAUUCCGUAGCCGAGUGCACAUCGGCUUUGUUACUACAGCGGAAUAUAUCUCAAAGCUCAGAAUGUUUGUUUUUAUUGUUUUUGUUUAUCGCAAGCAUCGUGGCCAACUUCAAAAAAACAAGAAAGAGAAAAAUGAGGAAAAACAACACAAAUACAUAUAGGGCCAAGCAUGAUGAAUGUGCCUGAGAUAAGAAUAGUUUGCGCGUCCCUCGUGGUCCGAUUAACAUUUGUAUGACUCAAUUGUUUUUUUUUUUCAUUGGUUUAUCUCGCGUGCAAUGCUCAUGCCAAAACGAAUGGAUGUUAGCCUCGUGAGGGUAUCCUCCUUGUUAGAUACGUACAUUACACGUUUAAUUUCGAAUUGCCGAAUUACACUUGUUAACGAAGAAUGUACGAUACUAAUGACAAAGAAGGAAAAGAUAUUAGUCAAUAAGUAAAAUAUUGUUUAAAGAAUAAAGUAAACCACCUGAUUUGCAUGUA